AUGAAGAGGAGUCGGAGCCAGAAUUUGAUUACGGAGAUGAUUCUCCUUUUGAGGGUAUCCCUGCAUCCUUUUGUCGUCGAUGGCUGCAAAUGGUGUCUAACUGCUUAUCCAAAGGGAUAUAACUUUAUUGGUUACUUGUCUCUGUAUCUGGAAGUCGCCGAUAAUGGAUCAUUGCCUUUUGGAUGGAGAAGACAUGCUCGAUAUACCCUAACUUUAGUAAAUCAAAACUCGAAAAAAAGCUUCCAACCAAAUGAAGUACAAGAGUGGUUUGACGACUCAAUCAAAUGGGGUUGUCCAUCCAUGUUUCCCCUAAAUGAAAUCCAUGCCAAAGAUAGUGGAUUUCUAGUAAACGGGGAACUCAAAAUUGUUGCCGAGAUAGAUAUCCUUGAAGUUAUUGGAGACGUAGAUGUAUCAGAAGGUAUUUCAACAGUAAAGGAAACCAUACAUGUUAAUGGCUUUCAACUUCUUCCUUCACAGGCAAAAUCUGUUAGCCAUAUUUUUGAAAGACACCCAGAGAUUGCAUCUGAAAUCCACCCAAAGAACUCAAGUCUUAGGACUGGUUACAUGAGUUUGCUACUCAGUCUGAUUGAGACUUUAUCUCAGUCACCUCAAGAACUCUCCAAGGAUGAUUUGUGUGACGUAUAUAUUGCAAUUGGAUGUAUGAAAAAUGCAGGGUUUAAGUUGGAUUGGUUGGAGAACAAACUUUAUGAGGUGGCACAAAAGAAGGAGGAUGAUGAAGCUGGUGAGACUCGGCUACGAGAAAUGGAGGAAAAGUUGAAGGACUUGAAGCUCAAGUGUUCAAAAAUGGAAGCGCUAGUGGAGGAAGAGAAAGCCAAGGUGUCGGCUGCAAAAGCUCAUCUCUCAUUCGAUGAUGUUGUUUGA